AGACCGGUGCUGAUAACAGACUUAUGUUUCGACUGCAUCAUUUGCCGUCGGGAAUCUUUUGUGCGCUACUUUCAUUUUAAUCACCGAGCCGUGACCGCGAGAGCGCAAAUGCGCAUCGGUCUGCGCAUCUUUGAAUCUUCAGAACCACACUGUGGACAAUCUCCCUGACAUCCAAAGACCUGUCCCCCGCAAUCCUACGAGGCUUCUUCGCCGUUUAUGGCCGCACAUCGGCAUCCCUGAGCCGCCGGCCUCGUUCCGGACUUUUCACUCAUCGCUGCUCUCAAAAGCUCUCAGAAUCAGGGAGACAUUUCUACACCAAAUUGAAACCUUCCUCGGCUGGCUAUUUUUAAAGAACCCGGUGCAAUGCUGGGCCCGUCUCUCUAGAUCUUGUGAUCACUAGCCUGCACGAUCUCUCCUCCCACAUUCGUCCGAUCAAGACCCCGGUACUCUGAUCGAGCCCCAACAAUGCAUCGUAACGCAGUGAUGCUGGCGGUGGUCCUUUUGGGGAACUUGAUGCUACCUUUCAUCUCUGCUCAAAACGCUGGGUUUGUCAAGUCUCCACUCUCGGAGACUAAGCUGACAGGAGACACCUUUGAGCUGUACUGCGAGGUGGUCGGUUACCCCACUCCAGAGAUCCAGUGGUGGUAUGCUGAGGUCAACCGAGCUGAUUCCUUCAAGCAGCUGUGGGACGGAGCCCGCAAACGUCGGGUAUCUAUCAACACAGCCUACGGCACCAAUGGAGUCAGUGUGCUCGGUAUCACACGCCUCACACUGGAGGACUCUGGGACCUAUGAAUGUCGGGCAAGCAACGACCCCAGGCGCAAUGACCUCCGACAAAACCCGGCCAUCACUUGGAUCCGCGCCCAGGCCACCAUUUCGGUGCUACAGAAACCAAAGAUCAAUGCCUCUGAUCAGACCAUCUUAACAGCAGACUCCUCUAGUAAACAAGUUAUCCUGCAGUGUAACCUCACCACUGCCCAUACACGCCACAAGGAAAGCUUCUGGAUGAAAAAUGGACAGGAUAUCCCCAACACACGGACGGAACACAAGGACACAAUAUACAGAAUCAACAAGCCACGUGCUGACGAUUCUGGGGAAUACAUGUGUGUUUACACAUUUGACACAGCACCAAAUGCCAACGCUACGAUUGAAGUAAAAGCAAAACCGGACAUCACUGGCCACAAGCGAAGUGAAAACAAAAAUGAGGGGGAGAAUGCAACGCUUUACUGCAGGUCUGUUGGUUACCCACAUCCCACCUGGACAUGGCAUAAGAUGGACGGAAAAUCCCCAAUGGAGCUUGACAACUCAACUGGGCGAAUCUUCAUCACCAAUAGAGACAAUUACACAGAGCUCAACAUACUAAACCUGGAUAUUAACACGGAUCCUGGAAUAUAUGAAUGCAAUGCCACUAAUGCAAUUGGAAAUACUGCUCAGACUACAAUUCUUCGAGUCCGCAGCCAUCUUGCACCGCUUUGGCCUUUUCUGGGUGUUCUGGCAGAAAUUAUAAUCCUAGUAGUCAUCAUCGUUGUGUAUGAGAAACGCAAGAGGCCAGACGACAUCAUCGAUGAUGAUGAACCAGUUGGGCAAAUGAAAACAAAUUCAACAAACAACCACAAGGACAAAAACAUUCGCCAGAGGAAUACGAAAUAAGCAAUUUACUCAAAUGAGAUGGCUAAACUGCAUUUUUUUGACUACGUGAAGGUGUCAGAGGUGGAUGGAGCUCUGGGCAGUUUUGAAAAAAGCAUAUCUUGUCUCAUUUUAUGAGAAACAAUAUCAGCAUAACACUGGCAACAAAAA